CAAACCUAUCCAUUCACUGCUAUGGCGAACUUUAUAUUACCAAACACAAAAUAACGACCACAAAUCUUCUUCCUCUUUUUUCACCUUUCUUCCUCACCCUAUAAAGAUCACUUCUUUAAACAACCACACACUACCAAUUAAACAACACCCACUUCCCCUCAUGGGUUCUAUUGGAAUCAAAAGCUCGGGAUCCGAGGUUGUCACCAUUGAUGUUCAUGCAGCCAAGGGUUUGAUCCAGACCGGUCAUGUUUAUCUCGAUGUCAGGACGGUGGAAGAGUUUCAGAAAGGUCAUGUGGAUGCUGAGAAGAUAAUUAACAUUCCGUACAUGUUUAAUACACCAGAAGGUAGGGUGAAGAAUCCGGAGUUUCUGAAGGAGGUUUUAUCAGCGUGCAAGAAAGAAGAUCGCAUCAUCGUGGGUUGUCAAAGUGGAGUGAGAUCUGUGUAUGCAACUAGUGAUCUUCUGACGGAGGGUUUUAAAGAUGUGAGGAACAUGGGAGGAGGAUAUCUUGACUGGGUUAAAAAUCAAUUUCCACUGAAAAUACCUUUGAAUUUGGUUAAAGAUGAAGUUCCACUGAAAGCUCCUCUGGAUUUGGUUAUAGGUGAAGUUACAGUGAAAGAACCUUUGGACUUGCUUAACAACGAAUUACCAUAAAAAACCAUAAUUCAGUUAAAUUAAAAAAAAAAAAAAGAUGCUUCUCAUCAGUUACACGAGCAUUCUGAAUGGUUCACAACACAGGGAUAUGUAUUAUUAUUAUUAUUAGUAUUACCUUAUCUUUGCUAUUCACUACUAUAAGCUUGUUCAUAAUAAUGCAAUUAAGGAAAACAAUGUAUUGUAUCCAUUAAGUAAUGCACAAGGGUUUACCAGUUUAUAACCAUUCAAAAUAUGGUUUACUUC